AUGUCUGCAGAAGAAAAUUUUGAACAGUUUGAGGAUGAAGAGGCAGAAAUUCCAAUCGGCGGGACUCUGCCUGGAGGAAGAAAACGGCUCUUUUCCAAGGAACUGCGCUGCAUGAUGUAUGGCUUCGGCGACGAUCAGAAUCCUUAUACAGAAAGCGUCGACCUGUUGGAGGAUUUGGUUAUCGAAUUCAUAACAGAAAUGACACAUCGAGCUAUGGAGAUUGGACGCACAGGACGAGUUCAAGUGGAAGAUAUUGUAUUUUUAGUAAGAAAGGAUUCCAGGAAAUAUGCCAGAGUGAAAGAUCUUUUAACAAUGAACGAGGAACUUAAGAAAGCAAGAAAGGCUUUUGAUGAGGUUAAAUAUGCAGGUACUGUCAAAGAUUAGACAUACGAUUGUAAUGUUAUAUCCAUCAACGAAUGUAAAAAUUGAAUGCGUAUAUAAGUUUGUAUUAAUCUACUUGAAUCAUUUAUUUAAUUAAGAGAAUUUUUCAAAUCAGCAUGUUCAAUUUGCAAGUAGUAUUAAUGCAGUUUGUUUGAUUACAUAAUUGCUCCGCAUAUACAUUUCGAGUAAAGCAAUUGUUUUUGAUUAAUUACAUUUAUUGCUGGGAUAACGUCGCUUUAGUUUGCAAUAACUUUAUAUAAUUGUUUGCAG